AUGCUGAAGUGGACGGUAUAUGGCAAAAAGAACCAGGAGGUUCAGGUCGCCAAUGAUGAUGAUGACCCUUACAGACCCAGGGCAUACGAUGAGAAGACCAGAAGGUCUUUAGAUGCACAGACGGUUAAAAAAAGUAAAAAACCAACCAGAUAUCAACGGAGGUCAUUAGGCGCUGCCGCUCGGAAAAAUAAUUGCAGAAAUAUAGACAAAGAAAAUUUUAAUUGCGUUGGAAACACUCCGAAUCAUUUCAGAGAUGGCUUUGUUAAGAAAAUUGAAAAUCUGGCGUUAAAAGAUGUGAGUAACAUAACACCUACGUCGGUUACUCCUAUUUUAGAUAAGCGAAACUUUUCUAGAAAUACGAAUAAAGAUGAUUUGGCUACAGAUUUACCUCCAACUCCACCUACUUAUAGUAGAAGAGUGAGAGAAGCGAAGAAAAGAAAACUAGAAAUGACCAGUUGUAAUAACAAUGUGGUAUUUGCUAGAAAUACUUCUAUUUACAAAUCAGAAAGGAGAUUAAAGCAAGACAGAAGUUUGAUAGCGUCUCCCAAACUCAGCCACAGCGUCUCGGAACCAUCUCUGAAAGAAUUAUCUGAUCGAUUAAGUUCAUCUUCGGAGAGUAAUAGAAGCUCAUUACUAAUUUCAAAGCAGUCUCAUAUAAAGAAACCAGUCAGUACAACAGUGACAGCCAGCGAAGGCUUGGUGGAAAUUGAGUAUGAUAAAGAUUUAAUCAUAAAUUGUAUAGAGAAGCCAUUAUUUGUUGAUAAAACUAAGUUAGAAAAAACUACCCUACCAAUUUUUGGCCAUCGCUUAUUUACAGAUAAUCCUGUAUAUUUUAACAAACAUGAAAAUGGUGCUCCAAAUAUUAGGCCGUUGAAGCGAACAAGAAAAAAAUCGAACGAAUUUGAGAGUUCAUUCAAGUCACCAACCAUAGAUAAAAGAGAUGUUCACGCUCUGGUUAGAGAUGGUUGCUCUCCAGUUUCGAUAACUCCUCUAUCAAUUAAAUUAGCUGCUUUAAGAUUCAGUACCAUGAGUACUCAUACGAAAUCCCAACGAGUUCCUGAGAAUAACGAUAUAACCGAAUAUUUUCCAAAACAAAAUCCUUUCACAGUGCCUUUCAGAGACGAAGAAAGUGCGACUGAAAUGGAAAAUAAAUUUAUAUUAGGCAAAGAUUCCAUUGCCAGUACAUCCGAGUCUACGGUUUCGACGACUCAAAUGGGUGACAUCACUUUAGAGAAAAUGAUUGAGGACAUUAUCAAAAGUACUAAAAUCGUAAAGUCUAAAAGAAGAAUACUAAACAAAAUUGCAGAUACUGAGGAUAUUAAAGAAGAAGAAAUUCCUUCACUUGAAGCUGUGAAGGAUCUUUUCGUAAAACCGAAACCAGAAAUUACAUCGAAUGUAAUUAAAGAAGCGCGGUAUGUAAACUUAUCUAGAGAAAAUUCAGUGUCCCCUCAAACAACUCCAAUCAAAAAGAGAACUCCCUUAUACAAAGCUAAUGAAAAACUAUUGAAAAAUGUUCCCAUUGGUGGGUUUAUUUUAGAUGAUGGAGAUGGUUAUAAUGAAAGAGAAGUAAGAACUCCUGACAAACAUUCAACUACUGAACACGAUAUUAAUCCAAUCGAGGAUAUUGCUGUUUUGACUAGAUCAAAGUCGAUGACAUCACGAACGCCAGGAAAAAGUAUUCUUCAGCAAACUGAGUUUGUAUCAACUCCAGACUUAUAUUCCGUAUUAAAUAAUAGAUUAAGAAGACAAAAAUGUAUCCGUAGAAAAAAGUCAACAGUCAGUAAUGAAAGUCUUUGGAAACAAAAACCAAUUGAACACAAAUCCUCUCUAGUACUAGCUUUAGAAAUGGGUAUACCAAGUCCGGCACUCGAGCUUCAAAAUACUUCACUAUGUCAGCCCUUAGAAAAUCCCGAAAGUGAAUUCGUUUGUAUUAACAAUUCGUUGAGAUCUAACGUGUCACACAGCAGUUUAAAAGUUUGUGACCCAAUACAAAAUAAGAGAUCGAGGGAGCUUUUUGGAUUGACGCUUGAAAAUGGCAUACCCAGUCCGAUAACGCCUGUAACAAAUUUAAAACGCACUAGUAAUGUAUUGAGUGAAGAAAGAGUACAUAAAACAAGUAAAUUAGGAGAAGAAUUAGUACCAAGUAAUGCGAUAACUCCAGUUAUAGAACAUAAAACCUCUAGACGCUGUCUAACAUAUUCGCCAGAAGAGAGUAGCAUAAACAGUAACGAAGAAAAACGUCGUAGCGUUGCUAGUAAUAGAUUAGAACGAAGCGCUGAUAGGUUUCAAGCCCUCAAGGGAACAAUCGAUUUAGAAGUAAUUACCAAAAAUGAUGUAAUAGACGUGCACGUCAUACGUUGUCGAGAUUUGCAACGAGCGUCAGGAAAAGUGGAUGAUAUAAAUGCUUAUGCAAAGGUUGUGAUUAGUGGUGUAACCGAAGACCAGUCUUUGCCGUCUCAACGAUCAAUAUUUCAAAGAACCUCAGUCCUAUAUGGCAAAAGGGAGCCAGAAUUUCAGCGUCAUCUGAAGUUGCCGCUGCCUAAUACUAUCUACGACCAUCAGAUGCUGCAUAUAUCUGUAUGGCACAGAGACAAGAAGUACAGGCGGAGCGAGUUUCUAGGAUGUGUCUCGUUCCCUCUAAAAGAUGCGAUUAAGAACGACCUCUCCGGCACUUACUUCCUGCAAGGGCGGCAGGCACCGGCUCCGGACCGCGUGACCGAGCGACGCAAGAUGGCAACUGAUAACAUAGAGACUAGUACCAACGAGGGUGCAAAGGAAAACACGGAUAAAGGAGUAGCAUCCAACGGCCCAUCCAAUCAAGCCCAGGUGGCAGCAGCACUACAGCGUGAGGCCGAUGAGCAUCUAUUCUUACGGUAUCUGGAACUUGACCCACCCGAAGACCCAUCAGCUCCGAGACGGCCGCAGAGAAAUGGACGGACGCCUUUCACAACUACUAGGAAGCUGAUGCGUGGUACAACUGGCGGUUUCGGAUUCACAGUAGUUUGGACAAGACCACCAAGAGUAGAGCGGGUUGCGGCUGGCGGGUCAGCGGAAAGGGCAGGUCUUAGGGCCGGAGACUACAUAGUAUUUGUUGGCAACAAGAACGUAGUCACCGCUACUGAAGAGGAAGUUCGAAAUCUCGUAAAGUCAGCUGGUCAAAAUUUAAAUUUAGAAACAUUCCGUCGGGUACCUCAGAACGGUGCUGGUAUCAGACCACGACUGGCUCAAGUCACGAUACCAGUGCCAGAGUCUACUCCUCCCCCCGCCCCCCGGUCUCCUCGAGCCGUAGCCCUGGCGUCCCCCGCGGCGGCCCGGCCACCAACAGCAUGCUCCUCCACCAGCCAAUCCCUGGACCGACGCAAGCUCCACCUGCCGCAGGUCACCUUCUCCAAGGAGACCAACAUCCUCCAGGCUCCAGGUAUGACAGUAGAUGGAAGGAAACGAGCUCUUUUGGCGGUAGUAUCAAGAGAACAACAUUAUGCAACAUCUCUCCAGUUUGGCUUGGUUCGGUUCGUUUCACCUCUCGCCGAGAGAGCCGACCUCAUAGCACCCAGUGAUCAUCAACUGCUGUUUCAAAAUAUUGAGGAGAUAUUCAGGCUAUCAGAAGAUAUCUUGGAUCAAAUUGUUCAAGACGAUGGUGAAAUACAAACAUCUACGGUCGUUGCCGUUUAUUUACAAAAGACUUCAAUGUUUCUUAGUCUUUACAAAAAGUAUUGUCUCGGUCUAAAAAGGGCUGAUUGUGUGCUGGUCAAGAAAUCGAAAGACCCAAGUGGUGCAUUCUCUCGUUUUUGCACAAGCCCGCCUAUACCACGAAAACGGCCAGACAUCACCUCAUUAGUUCAUAAACCACUUGAACAGUUCAGGGAACUUCUUAGGUUAAUGAGAACAGCUGCUAGUUGUAGUGGAGCCGGACCAUACGAUCAACUAGAGAAAAAACAACUUCAGCUUAUCGUAGAACAGCUACAGUCUGGCUACCAAGACGUGACUGCAGGUUCAGGGUUAAUGGGUCUGGCAGGCGAUGGAAAACCCUUACUAUCUGUUGCUGAUCUCGAAAGUAGACUCGUGUUCACUAGAUGUAAGCCAUUCGUUCUAAGUACGGCAGGAAGGCAAUGGAUAUUCGGGGGAGAACUAUCUCGAGUGGAAGGCAGAACUAUUCGGCCAUACUGGGCGUUGCUUUUUACUGAUUUACUUCUCUUUGCCACAGUGUCACGUGAUCGAGUUCUGUUUGUGACGGAAGAGCCAGUUGCUUUAGGAACUGUGUCAGAAGCUCAGUUUAAUGUGAGAAAAAAAGCCACCGAAUUUCGUCUUAUCUUAGGACGAGCUGGUGGUGAAAGCCCACUAGUAUCGUGCGCUCCAAGAACUCCUGCUCGAUCAAGACCCAUAGUUUUGCGCGCUCCGUCCAUCGAUCUAAAGGCUGUGUGGCAGAGCUUGCUGCAAAGGCAAAUUUACCGAGCACAUACGACAUCCGGAACGCCCCUCGGGUCCCCUCUUGACUCGCCCGAUCCUCAGUUGACCUUCAGUCUUGCGACCCUCGAUUCCCAACAACGACAGGUAUCAGGAUCCAGCAUACAACGACACUCAAGUCUCGCUUUAUUACCGACCCGGCGUAGUUCUGCGGAAACCCAAACGGGCGGAGGUGGGAGUGGUAUUGAAAUUUCCAGGAGUAAUAGAAGCCGAGGAUCCACCAUACACUUACAACGUUGGAUGACACAACUUGCUGAAGCUGAAGAGUUAGACCCUCCUGAACCAGAUAUGGAGAUGUGGAGUGUUGAAGAACUGAGGAAACGCUCGAAGGAACUAAAUCUUUUAGACGUAGCUGAUAUUAUUCAAAAUAAUAUUGAAAUAAAAGACAGGACCACAGCUACGACUCCGAGCAAAGAAGAAAAAAAAGAAACCGAUCGAAGUCCUUCGAAAAGCAGUAAUUCGGGGAGUCAAAUUACCGUACGAACGAGUCCCGUAGUAGUAGACACAAUCCCCGUUUGUAGACAGUGUCAUAAAAAGUGUCUAUCGAAACCAAAUAGUCCACUGGUUUCCCAAAAAGAACCACCAGUACCUCCUAAACCCAAACCUGAAGCUUCCCCACAGAGCUCUGUGUCAAAAAGUACCACUAACACAUGUAGUGCACAUUGUGGUAAUCGUAAGCAAAAACAUUUUACUCAUUUAGAACGAAAAGGUGCUAUCAGAAUACGUCCUGAAGAUGCCCCUAAGGCCGCGUUAAAAGUUAUAGAUUCAAUAGAACAAAGUCAAAGAAUGCUCAAAUCAAAGUCUUACGACUUAAAAACCGAUUCUCCUGUAUUAAAUACAGGUAUUACAAGAAGCCACACAAAAAGCCACUUAGAAUUAAGAAAGGAACACUCAAUCACAUCACCCAGUCCAACUUCUAGUAGUAGGAAUAGUCCACUAUCUACUAGUCACACAACAUGUAGUUCAAUGGUAUUCAAUUCUAGUUCAAACGAUUUACGAACGUCCAAUUCAAACAUAGCAAACCAAGUUCAAUGUGUUAUAGCACAGGAAAAAUACUUGAAUGAAAUUAAAUGUGUGGAGAGCAUAACAUUAUCAAAACCCAAAUCUUUGACAUAUCCAUCACCUUCAACAUUAAGAAAAGAUGAAAUAACAAGACAAAAGGCUGAAACAGUUCUCAACAAAGUGUUGGGCAUGAACAUUAUUACCAGGAGAGAAAAUAUCGGUACUUGUCUCAAAACCUCGUCUGUUUUUCUAGAUGACGAUUCAAUACACGAAGACGACAAUGACUUUAGAAUAGAAAGAGGUUUACGACGAUCACCCAGAAUGGGAAUAUCGGCAGUUAGUAAAAUGAAUGGUGAUAUUAGUACGAAAACAGAAUUCAAUGAAGAUCUAAAUGCUAACACCGGUGAUGUCCUAUCAGAUGAAGAUUCAGAACUCGGUCCUCUCAUGUUGAUGGGUCUAUCUGCAAUAAACCCAGCAGCUCAUCUGAUGCGCGUUGAACCUUUUAAAAAAUCACCAAGCAUCGUAACGAAAAAACCGAGUUCCAGGCCUGAAAGUUUAGGUUCCAUUAAAUCCGAAUCACCUGUACCUAAUAUCUCGGUGGUUCCACCAACACCAGACUAUAACUCAACAAAAAAGACUGAUGAUCUUAUAGAUGAAUCCCCUGACUCCCCAGAUGUACCUGAAGAUUUGCCUUAUGUUUCGCUUAAAAGAUAUGGUACCAUGUCCAGCCUUGAAAGACUGCCAUCCGAUGAAACUGAUGAUGGUAGUGUUAGACUGACUGCACAAGAACCAGAAUCAACAAAAACAUAUAAUAGUGUUACCAGUGCUGCUGGCGGUAUCAUGGGCUGGACGGCACGAGCUGGCUCAUUCGUUGUUGAAAAAAUAAACAUUUUUAGUCACACGGAGAGUGUACCAAACACAUCUAUAGCUCACAAACAGCCAUCUUUCCUGGAACGGUGUCUUGGUGUGGGAGAUUGGAAAUCAGCACUUGGGACGGAGGAUGGAACCGUAGAGACGGGGGAAGGCAGUGGUGCGAGUGGGGAGGAGGCAUGGGGUACACCAUCAUCUGGAGAUCUUUCAGACAAUCUUCCAGACUCAGAACAUGGCACCCUCUCUUCUCCGACAAAGUCCUCGUCGUCGUAUGCGGGUGAUGAUGAUACAGAAUUGAUGAUGGACGAACUUCUGAUGGCACCAACUAUUACUGGGCCAACGACUUUAAGACCUCUUUUACCAAGGGAUGUAUUUAGAAGAAGACUGGAACCACUUCUUGAAGAAGAUGGCUCUGAUAGUGGUAGUGAAGAUAAUAAACCUACUCCCACCAACUCUGAAGACCAGGACAGCGAGCGUGGCCUCGAUGCUGACGUCUGCUGCGACGCGCCGCACCGGCCGUCCUCUGCCUCAGAAACAGAAGCAGAGGACGGUGUGUGUGGCGCGGAGGUCGUGGGAGCUGCCGAGCACGCUGGUGGCGCCGCAUGCGACCUGAGUCCAGACCAGACCCCCACCAACGAGGCACCUUCGAUGCCCUUACAAUCUGGUAUAUAUAUAUUUGAGACUUUUGCCUUGCAAAUCAUUCUAUCGUUCACGUGCUCGUUCUAUUGUACUGAACUGCGUCUUGCGUAUUAUGUAAUAGUUUCAAGAGAGUAUGUGGAGCGAGCAUCUGUUGGCGGAGGUCGCCGGGGCUCAGCCAGUUCAGCCAGCACACCCUCCACACUCGAACGCACCACUAUCCACAACCCCACACCCCUACAUCAGCUGUCACCAGCUUCGGAGGCCCCAGCUGCAGCGGAGCCCCGCGAGGUGACGUCACCGGAGCGACUCAGCCCCCGCGCAGAGAUGCGCCUGGCGUUGGACCAAGGGAAGGACAUGCUGGCGGAACAGGAAGUGGCAUGGGGUGGCUCGCGCGACCCCUGGUCGUUUCGCGUGGCGUGCCAACGGUCGCUGGUGCGUCGCGUGGCGAGCGCGGACGCGGUCACACUGUGCCGCACCGCCCCAAAUACUACUUCGCGCAGUUCUGUAUAUGCUUGGAAAGCUCCAGAAACAGAAACGAAACUUAUGGAGAUGGAACAACUGGCACGAGCGGAAGCUCAGACGAUGCGUUCGCGGACGCGCUCUCAAUGCCAGAACGGGAAGAUCCUGGGUUUCCUCCGUCGCCGGGCGUCCUCUGACAGCCCUCACCGUGAGCCGUUCCUGCUGAGCUCGCGACCGUUCUCCCCUCGCCGGACCUCUGAGAAACAUUUCGAGAAAAGAUUCUGGAAACAAGUGACCAGAAGACGUCAGUCUUGCGGCUCCAUCAGCCAAAUAUAA